GGUUGCUUCUCAUCUGCACCACCUGUCUUUUCGCAAAAAUAGAGUCGAGAGUGAGCACUAUUGUUUACUCUACGACGCACCACGGACGGUUGGGGAAGACACUAUCGAACCCGGUCAGACUAGACUUUCUCCCUCCCACCAUCACAAUGGAAUCCAAGAAACGUCCCGCCGACCUAGCCGCCCUGCGCAAACGGCAACUGCAAAAGCGGAAGCUAGAUAAAGGCACCGCCGAACCACUGGCACCACCCGCACUAUUCAAAAUACCAUCACAAACGGCGAAAACGAAACUCGUGCCGAAAAGCUUUCUCGUGAAACCGGUCUUCAACUCUAGCAUACCCGCCAUCGCCGCCGGUGUGCCUGCAGGGGGAGAUGUGCCUGUUGGAAUGACGCAGCCAGGGGGUGAUUUGGAGUUCAAGCUGUUUGGGAAGACGCCCGCUGCUGCUGUUCCAGCGGGCCUGACAGGAAGCGAUGAUCACCAGCCGCCACCAAUAUUGCAGCGGAAUCAGAGCCAAAACCCGUUUCCGGCUGCGGGAGGUGGGCAGGAGGAGCUGAAGGGGAAGAACCCGUUUAGUUUGUUUGGAAGCAUUCCUCUGGAGGAUUUGAUGGAGGAGAGGGAGGAGGUGGAUAUGGUGGAUGAGGUGCGGUCGGUUGAGUUUACGGCUAUUGGGAGUCAUGUGUCGCAGGCGCUGAGAUCUCAUCAGCGACGCGAGGUGUUGGGACCGUUGGCUCCGUCCUUUGUAAGGUCAUACUCAUGUCCCGGCGGGCUUCUAUCACCACACGUCUCCGUCGCCAAAAAAAGUGGGAGGUCAAUAGCGGCGUUCGCGGGAGCUGCCCGACAUUACAAAGCAGACAGCGAUUUCAGCGAGAGCGGAGACGAGGAGGACGAUGGCGAUGCAUCCGAUCGGCAGGGGUACAUGUCCGACCAAGACCUCAGCGACACGGAGCGUCGGCCGCCCACCGUGCAACCGAAACUGGAGGCAAAGAAGCCAAAGAAGAAAACUGCAAAGCCACCACCGCUGGAACCGCCGCCGCUCCCAUCGCUAGACGCAGCGGCAGAGCUGGACGUGGAGGCAGACCCCAGAACCAACCUAAUGGGCCUGUUCGAGGGCAAGAGACAGCAACGAGGCGAAAUGACAACAGAAGAAUUUUCAGCAAUCUCCGGCCUGGCCAAACCGCGCAAAAUCAUCCCCAAAGCCUCGCGCACCCUUUCCAACAUGGGCGACGAAACCACCGAGUCCAAAUCGCAGUCCGCAACCGACGGCACUGUCGCCCCACAGGCCGGUGAACUCCCCAUCGACUGGACCCUCAAGGAAGGCAUGUCCCUUCUAUCCCGCCUCCCGUUCACCUCAGCCGCACCGCUCGGUCCCGAAGCAGGCUCAACGUGUCUGUUGAGAUUUGCACGACAAAGUGAUACCGCCGCGAAUGGGGCGAUGGCGGCACUGCAGCCGUUGUUGUAUCAUUGGGCACACCCGUCGGAGAAACCGCCGCCGGCGCAUGUGGUGGCGAUGGUGAGGGUGUUGUCGAAGAAUGCAGAUGGGGCGGGGUUCAAUGAUGCGGAGCAUGAGGAGUUUAAGCAUUUCAAAGCGGCCGAAGCGGCGUGGACGGAAUCCUUCACAUCCCUCUACACCCUCUUUGACACCUCCCACGUUUCGUAUUUCUAUUACAUCAACUCGCAGUUCUCGGUGCUGUUCCUGGACGACCCGAAGUCGUUUGCGGGGAAGGUGGCGGUGCUGGCAUGUGCGAGUUUUGGGUUGCGGAGGGUUUUGGAUGAUGAGGGAAUCGCGUAUGAAAUGGUUGCGACGACGGGGAAGAAGAGUGGCCCGCAGCUAGAGAAGACGGCUUCGCAAGAGGCGCCGGGCGCUGGGGACGGAACAGAGGUCAAGCCGCAGAAUCCGGGAGACUCGCCGAUCAAGGACCGAAGAGACGUCCCCGACGCGAAAACACAACCAGCAGUCCUCCGCUUCUCCACCCCUACCUCGGUCCAACAACUCUUCCAAUACCUCCUAAAGUGGAAAGAACCGCGCAUCGAACGCCGCGCGGCGGGGUUUCCAUCCCUCUUGGCGCUGACGCCUUUCUUGCAUGCUUGUUUGAAGACUGCUCGUAUUGUCAAAAACGACAAAGUAGGCUACGCCGUCCCCGCCCCCGCCUCCACCGGCAGUACAUCCAACACGACCACAACACGCCAAACAGUAGAAACCCUUCACAAACUAGAACUCACGGGCCACAUCCUCCCCACCAACGUCAAAGCCAUCCUCGAACUCCUACGAAAUCAACAGGCGCGGAGUAGUGACAACACCAGUGGGGAGAGCAAACCUGGGUUGCUGCUGGGGCAGUUGGCGACGGUUGAGGGGACUGUGGGGGUUAACUCGGGCGUGGGGUGGGUCGGGGUUGGUGAGGUUGGGAUGGAGAAGGGGGAGAGGGCGAGGGUUGCGAGACGGCGGAAGGUGGGGACUGUGAGGACGUUUCAGUUUAAGGGGGAGGUUGUUAAGUGGAAGUGAUGGGGUUAGGGUUAGGGUUAGGUUCGGGCCGUGUGUUUUUUUGGAAGCGGGCUGGAUGAACGGUGGGGUUCUUUUUUGGGAAGUGAGUAUAUGGCGGACACAAAGGCGUACGUAGCACAUUUGGACGAGUGAUACAUCCAUGGCAUUCGAGGCCGCACAUCAAGGAUAUUCUGGGAAAUCGAACUCGUUACCGGCUAACCUACGCCAAAGCACCAGUGUUAGAAUGCUGGUAGGGUUAGUAACCCUAACCCUAACCCUAACCCAAAACCCAACGAAAAAGCCGCAACCAGUUUCCAAAGUUACUGUAUCUACACAUUUCUUUUUU